GUAGCUGUUUCGCCCGAGCCUCACGAAUGCAUGAAGCUCGAACCUUGAACACCAACAACCGUGACUUAAAACUUAAAGAUCAAACCGUAACAGAGGCACCCACCGUUCGUUACCGGUUCGCUAUAUCCGGGCAAUAUUGUUCAAUAACAGCCUCUCAAGUUUCAGUGAAAGACAUUGGAAAGUCGUGACUGGGAGAACCGGAGCGCGGAUCCGUGGAGAUUUAGUUAGAGUUUAUUAAACCUCUCACGAUGGCAGGUGUGCGGACCGAAUUCUUGCGCUCUCACAAAACCCCGAGACUGAGGAGAAAGCCGCGGACUGGCCACUGAGUGGACUUAGGUGGGCUGAAGGGGGUGCUUGCGGCGCACGUCGCUUUUAAUGAGAAAGCGUUCAUCAUUUCGAGCGAAUUCCACUGUGCACAGGUAAGAUCUUCCUCCUCCUCCUCCUCCUCUCGCCACCCCCCGCGCUUCGUCAGGUCUUUGUUUCAGCACCAAGGACAGAUCCGAACACAUCAAACACCCGCACCUGUGGGGGGGACGCCAUGAACGGAAGCUGAUUUCCCGCUAACUUAAAAAAGCGAAAUCAAGUUUGCAUCAGCGAAACAAGUUGCACGACGUGUUGAAUUUCUUCGAUUCUUCACAGGUGGAGAAGAUACCGAGAUGCAUCCACAGUCGACGACGGACUUAGUAAACAUCUCAAGCAACUAAAAGCACCCAGGGUAGUUAUAAGAGUUAUAACCUCUCAUAAACCCUGUCAUGGCCGGUGUUGUACCCAUAUUCCUGUUCCUGUUGAUUCCUCUGGCCCAAACGAGCCCCAGGUACGCCCCUCCUCUGGCCGGAACCAAGCGGGAGAUCAUCAUGGAUGGAGACCUGGUGAUCGGAGGCCUGUUCCCCGUGCACGAGAAGGGCGAGGGGACCGAGGACUGCGGCAAGAUAAACGAAGAGCGCGGAAUCCAGAGGCUGGAGGCCAUGUUGCUGGCGCUGGAUGAAAUUAAUCAGGACAACCGCAUCCUGCCCGGAUUGAAGCUGGGAGCGCAUAUACUGGACACCUGCUCUAAAGACACGUAUGCACUGGAGCAGUCGCUGGAGUUUGUGAGGGCUUCUCUCACUAAAGUGCAUCAGCCUGGCUUCAUCUGUCCGGACGGGUCAAAUCCUGUGCCGGACGAACUGCCUCUGGCCAUCUCUGGAGUGAUUGGAGGAUCAUAUAGUGAUGUUUCUAUACAGGUGGCAAACCUUCUUAGACUCUUCCAGAUUCCACAGAUAAGCUAUGCUUCCACGAGUGCCAAGCUCAGUGACAAAUCCCGUUAUGAUUAUUUUGCCCGAACUGUCCCACCAGACUUCUAUCAAGCUAAAGCCAUUGCUGAGAUCCUACGUUACUUCAACUGGACCUACGUUUCCACUGUAGCCUCAGAAGGAGACUACGGUGAGACAGGUAUCGAUGCGUUUCAACAAGAAGCCAGAGUACGGCAAAUCUGCAUCGCAACUUCAGUAAAAGUCAGCCGUUCAGUAAACAGAGGAAAUUAUGAAAAUGUCAUCCGCUCACUUCAGCAAAAAGCCAAUGCCAAAGUAGUGAUCCUCUUCACCCGAAGUGAAGAUGCAAGGGAACUGCUCGCUGCUGCAGCUAGGAUGAAUGCUACGUUCAUUUGGGUGGCCAGUGAUGGCUGGGGAGCCCAGGAAAGCGUAGUCCACGGCAGCGAGAAGGCUGCUAACGGGGCUUUCACCAUUGAGCUUGCUUCGUACUCCAUCAGGGAGUUUGAGGACUAUUUCACCAAGCUAACACCGGAGCUGAACACAAGAAACCCAUGGUUUAGGGAAUUCUGGGAGCACAGGUUCGGCUGUCGUCUACACGAACAUGGAUGUGCCAGUAAUAGUCUGAGGGAUGGGUCAUUUAAGCCAGAAUCAAAGAUUAUGUUUGUGGUGAAUGCAGUCUAUGCAAUGGCCUAUGCCCUACACAACAUGCGACAAGCGGUGUGCCCAAAUACCACAAAGGUUUGUGACGCCAUGAAGCCAGGCAAUGGAAAGAGAUUCUACCGGGAAUUUAUUCUCAAGACUAAGUUUGAUGCCCCUUUCAGGCCCGCUGACACUGAGAAUGUGGUCCGGUUCACUUCAUUAGGCGACAGCCUGGGUCGCUACAACAUCUUUCACUACCGCCAAGAGGAAAAUAAGUUUGUCUACCGAAAGGUAGGCUACUGGGCACAAGGCUUAGUGCUCAACAACAGUCUGGUGCCUUGGUCUGGUGGAGUAGUUCCCACCUCCCAGUGCAGUGAUCCAUGCCAACCCAAUGAAGCUAAAAGCAUGCAGCCUGGGGACGUGUGUUGUUGGAUUUGCAUCCCAUGCCACCCCCACCAAUAUCUCCUAGACGAGUUUACCUGUAUGGACUGUGGAUUUGGAGAAUGGCCCCUUGCUAACCUGACAGGGUGCUAUGAGCUUCCAGAGGAGUAUAUCCACUGGUCAGAUGCAUGGGCAGUAGGACCCGUCACUAUCGCCUGUCUAGGGAUGCUGUGCACUCUUGCCGUGGCUGGGGUUUUCUUUCGAAACAACGACACUCCGGUAGUAAAAGCUAGUGGUCGAGAACUUUCAUACAUCCUGCUGUUGGGUGUGCUCCUGUGCUAUGCCAUGACCUUCAUUUACAUUGCCAAACCUUCGGCUUUUGUGUGCGCCCUGCGACGUCUUGGCCUUGGCACCUCCUUUGCUGUUUGCUACUCAGCUUUGCUAACGAAGACCAACAGAAUUGCCCGGAUCUUUGGAGGGGCAAGGGACAGUGCCCAACGACCACGGUUUAUCAGCCCUGCCUCUCAAGUAGCAAUUUGUGCCGCUCUGAUCUCCGCCCAACUGUUGGUUGCUCUUAUCUGGCUGCUCGUUGAGGCCCCGGGAGUGAGGAAAGAGGUGGGUCCAGAUCGGAGAGAUGUGGUCACUCUGAAAUGCAACAGCCUGGACUCGAGCAUGCUGGUGUCCCUCACAUACAACUGCAUCCUCAUCAUCCUCUGCACCUUCUAUGCCUUCAAGACCAGGAAGUGUCCAGAGAAUUUCAACGAGGCAAAGUUCAUUGGCUUCACCAUGUACACCACCUGCAUCAUCUGGCUGGCCUUUCAGCCCAUCUUCUACGUCACUGCCAGUGACUACAGAGUGCAGACCACUACCAUGUGCAUCUCUGUCAGUCUGAGCGGCUCUGUGGUUCUCGGCUGCCUCUUUGCCCCCAAAAUCCACAUUAUCCUUUUCCAGCCUCAGAAGAACGUGACUACCCUGAGGGCCAAAGACAACCGAUUUUCCACAGCAAUCACCGCACCGAGCUCCACCUACUCACAAGCUUCGGCCUCUACCAUAGUGCCAACCGUGUGCAACGGGCGAGAGGUGGUGGACUCCACGACGUCAUCGUUGUGAAGACGAAUUUAAGCAAGAUGGGGCCAAUUUUCUAUCUCAUCUUUAAAAAAAUCAGGAGAUGAGUGCCAUUUCUCAGACUUUUCCUCACUCUAAUCGAGUACAUGCAGUCAAUCGAAGUUCUUCAUCUGAUCUGAAACCUUAAAAAAACGAAACAAAACGUGUCCCAAAUGAUCCUGCGGUCAACUCUUGUCACGACCAAGCAUGUUUUUGUCUUUCAAUUACACAAUAAAUCUAUUCUUUAUGAACAAGAGCUUGGGAAGAACGAGGACCAUUGUAAAUGUGAUUAUAAAUCCAUGUGCUAGUCUACUAGAUUUAAAGCCACUUGACAAAAACGGAAACAAAACACGAUGCCGAAACUAGACUUGGCAUCGAGUGUCCCCCGAUUUAUGUACACUACAAAAGAUACUGACUAGUCUUACGUAAUGUUAACAUGUAGACUUUGAGUUCUCGAUCUUUAUAACUGCAUUUUGUUGGAAUACAACGAGGUGUUGGGGAAAGGCAUGAUAUUCGAAUGUUCAAGUCUCGUGAUUCAUUGCAACCACAGGACCUUCGGCACCGAUGAGACUUACGCAAAAUAUAUGACUAUUUUUUAUGUACCCCAGGGUAUGUGAUUUUAGAUGCUGUAUUCUCAGUAAAUGGGAGACUGUAAACAAUUUCUCAUUUUAGUUUGGUGAUAAAAUAGUCCAAUUUCAUUUGGAGAUGAGUUUGUUGUCCUUUUAGUGUUGUGGUAAAAAAGUCUCACGUUCGGUCCUCACGGAAUAGUUUAGGUGUCAUUGCAAGAUGAAAAAAAACAAAACAGAACAAAAAAAAAAAAAAACUAACUAUAUUCUGUAUUUUCCUUUUUUGAACUUGCAUUAAAUUCUUAGUGGUCAGUUUUGAAAAAGAUUAGGUAACGAUACAUGUUUUAAUGUGAACUUUGGUGAACCAGUCAAUGUUAUACUUGUAAUAUAUGUAAAUAAAUUAUUUUUUAAAAAAACUAUAACUGAAG